AUGAUUGAUAUUUACACUAGAGACAUACAUGCAUGAUCAUCAUUUUCGUCUUCACAGAGAUAAUCAAAAGAUCCAGAAAUGGAACCAGACCGAGUCACCUGGUUCACUCAUCUCACUCUGUAACUCUCUGACUCUGUCUCUGAAGAAGAAGAACAACAACAACAAUGCUUCUCUUAGCAUCAUCCUUUUCUUCCCUUUCUCAUCCUUCACUUUCCAACCUUCAUCAUUUUCCUCAUUCCUCAUUCCCUCAACCUUCCCUGCACCUUCCCCUUCCCUUUUCCACUUCCCAAACAACCCCAAUUCGCCGACACACCAUUUCAUGCUCCCUUUCAUCUUCUUCUUCUGUGGAGCAAUCUGCUGUUUCAAUUUCUCAGAUGCAGAGUAGCUUGUUGUUGUACUCCAGAGCUUAUUGGGUUACUGAAUCUGUUAUUGCUUGGAAUGUUGAUCUUGGGAAUGGGUUUUGCUACCUCCUUUCUAGCAAAGAUGCUUCUUUGAGCAUUGCUGAUUGUAAAAUUCAAGGUGAGGAUUUGAAAAUUAAGCUUGAAGAAGAUACGGCUGGUCUUCCUGCAAAUGUGGUGGAGAAAUUUCCACAUAUUCAAGGUUAUAGAGCUUUCAAACUGCCACCGGGUUUGGAUAUUAAAUCUCUUCUCAAAUCCCAGCUAGUGGUUGCUAUUUAUGAUUCUGAUGAGAAAUGCAGGGAUUGUACUGGUUUGCAGUUACCUGGAGUUUUAGAUGAACUUUUCUCAUAUAAUGGUCCCCUUGGUGCACAUUUCUCAGAGGAAGCUGUGUCACUUUACCUUUGGGCGCCUACUGCUCAAGCUGUACAUGCUUACAUCUAUAGGGACCCAUCAGGGGAUGAUCCUAUAGAAAUUGUUCCCCUUGAAGAGGAACAUGGUGUUUGGAGAACUGAAGGACCAAAAUGUUGGGAAGGCUGUUACUAUGUUUAUGAAGUGUGUGUAUACCACCCUAGCACUUUAAGGUUUGAAAAAUGCUAUGCAAAUGAUCCAUACGCUAGAGGACUUUCAGCAGAUGGGAGGCGAACUUUUUUGCUUAAUAUUGAUUCUGAUGAGUUAAAACCUGAUGGAUGGGAUAGUCUGGCAAAUGAGAAACCUGGUUUACAUUCUUUCUCUGAUAUAAGCAUAUAUGAAAUGCAUAUAAGGGAUUUCAGUGCCAAUGACCUCUCUGUGCAGUCUGAAUUUCGUGGUGGUUAUCUAGCCUUUACUUUGCUGGAAUCAGCAGGUGUACUUCAUCUAAAGAAAUUAUCAAGUGCUGGUGUCACCCAUGUCCAUCUACUGCCUACAUUUCAGUUUGCUGGGGUUGAUGAUCGAAAGGAGAACUGGAGAUUUGUAGAUACCUCAAUACUGGAAAGCUUCCCAGCUGAUUCAGAUCAACAACAAGCUCUUAUUACGGCCAUCCAAAAUGUUGAUGCAUAUAACUGGGGGUAUAACCCUGUUCUUUGGGGUGUUCCUAAAGGCAGUUAUGCAAGUAAUCCAAAUGGUCCAUACCGUAUAAUUGAGUUCCGUAAGAUGAUUCAGGCUCUUAACCGUACUGGCCUUCGCAUUGUGUUGGACACUGUCUACAAUCAUUUGCAAGGAAGUGGACCCUUUGAUGACCAUUCUGUCCUUGAUAAGAUUGUUCCAGGUUACUAUCUAAGAAGGAACACAGAUGGUUUCAUUGAGAACAGUACUUGUAUGAAUAAUACUGCCAGUGAGCACUUUAUGGUUGAGCGCUUGAUCCUGGAUGAUCUUGUACACUGGGCAGUCAAUUACAAGAUUGAUGGAUUCAGAUUUGACCUUAUGGGUCAUAUAAUGAAGAGCACAAUGGUGAAAGCAAAAAAUGCUCUCCAUUGUUUAAGAAAAGAAAAGGAUGGAGUUGAUGGUUCAAGCAUCUACAUAUAUGGUGAAGGAUGGGACUUUGGUGAAGUUGCCAACAAUGGACGUGGGAUAAAUGCUUCUCAGUUCAAUCUUUCUGGAACCCAAAUUGGGAGCUUCAAUGAUCGAAUUCGAGAUGCCAUACUUGGUGGAUCUCCAUUUGGCCACCCUCUUCAACAGGGUUUUGUGACUGGUCUACUCUUACAGCCUAAUGGCCAUGAUCAUGGAACAGAAGCUAACGCAAAAUCCAUGCUUGCAACAUCAAUGGAUCACAUACAGGUUGGAAUGGCUGCAAACUUGAAAGAUUUUGUGCUAACCAACUCUAAAGGAGAAGAGGUAAAAGGGUCAGAAGUAUUAACAUAUGGUGGGACACCUGUUGCAUAUGCCUCAUGCCCCACGGACACUAUCAAUUAUGUUUCUGCUCAUGACAAUGAGACCCUGUUUGACAUUGUGAGCUUAAAGACCCCAAUGGAUAUCAAUGUAGCUGAGAGAUGCAGAAUAAACCAUUUGGCAACAAGUAUUAUAGCACUAUCACAGGGUAUACCAUUUUUUCACUCUGGAGAUGAGAUACUUCGCUCAAAAUCACUAGAUCGAGAUUCAUACAAUUCUGGUGAUUGGUUCAACAGGCUCGACUUUACAUACAAUUCCAAUAAUUGGGGUGUUGGACUUCCUCCCCAGGAGAAAAAUGAAAAGAGCUGGCCACUAAUUAAACCAAGAUUGGCAGACCCAUCCUUCAAGCCUCAGAAGAUUAACAUCCUGGCUGCUUUGGACAAUUUCUUAAACCUUUUGCGUAUAAGGUAUUCUUCACCACUUUUUCGCCUGAGGACUGCAAAUGCUAUCCAGCAACGAGUAUGCUUUCACAACACUGGACCAUCAUUGGUUGAUGGAGUAAUAGUGAUGAGCAUUGAAGAUGGUCAUGAAGGCUUUCCUGGCUUGCCUCAGCUAGAUCCCAUAUAUUCAUUCAUUGUUGUUGUUGUCAACGCGGGUCCAGAAGAAGUAUCAUUUGUUAGCCCUUCCCUGCAAUCAAGAAGUCUCCAGUUGCAUCCCAUACUGGUAACGUCAUCUGAUGAACUUGUUAAGAGCUCAACAUACGAGGCAUCCUCUGGCUGUUUCGUCGUGCCUCGGAGGACAACAGCUGUGUUUGUUGAGCCACGAGGAAUGUGAGUCACCACAUCUAUCAGAAAUAGAUGUCAUGCCAACAAUGUAAAAAUUGCCUCGGUGUACUACUGGUGAUUGCGAUGCAAGUUUUGGCGCAUACGGGUGGGUUCUUUUGUGACCUUAUACACAACACAUUUGGAUUUGUUGGUCUCAAACCUCCUAAGCUAGAGAUUGAAAUUGAGUUGAGACAAAUAAGGUUAGUUAGUUGUAAGAGGUUUGAGACAGAUACAUUUCCACUCUUUGCUAUGUAUGUAAAAACUAAUGUAAGUUAUGUAUGGGUUACCAUGUGAAAGGACAUGAGGAUAAGGAACGAGUGAAAUUUUUUAGUUGAGCUUUAACUUUUGGAGUUGGUUAACAUGAAUCAGAAUGUGGUUAAAGUACCAACAAAGUGUUGGUCUAGUAGUAGGCAAGCUAGAUCCUUGUAAGGUUGAUAACACAAAAUCGAACCCCAUGAAAGUUUCCAGAAUAGCUACUUGUAUUAUUGGUAA